UGAUACGGAAAUAAUUUUUAGUUUGUAAUUGUCGAAGUACAUAAUGGGCUGUAUAGUUAGAAAAAAAAAAUGAGUAAGAUAAGCUAAAAUAUGAUUUUUUACGGGGUUUUCCUUUUCUUUCUCACAAGUCACCGAGGCGCAGAAGGGUGUGUAGGGUUUUAUGCGCCGUGCUGUGCAGGUGAAUUCUGGAAUGCAACAAUUAAGAAAUGCAUAGCUUGUCCAAUAGGGUACCACGGAUUAAAUUGCAGUGAGCGUUGUGACUACCCUUAUUAUGGGAAAGACUGCACUGAAGGCACCUGCUUAAAUGUAUGUGAAAAGGAAUUGUGUGAUAUAGCAACGGGGUGUAGACAGAUAACUACGAAAGAGGAAAAACCAACAGGACUUGACCUUCUAACUUCCGAGACAACAUCGGAGCUCAGUACGAGAAAUACCACGCUGUGGGACACAUUAAUAUCUGUCAGAAAAGAGGAGAAACCAGACAGGAAUCAGAGCACAAUUUUUACUUUUGAAAAUCCGAUUCUUUUGAUCAUAUUAGGUGUUAACUUUGUUUUCUUUGUUAUCAUUUCCAUAUAUGUUUGUAACAAGGUGAAGAACGCAUGCUCCCCCACUCCGAGUGCUGAGGAAAAAAACAUAAAGAACCUGGACAUUAAUCUUGAUCCCUACCAAGCUUUACAAACUGAUACAUAUGCCGAGAUUGCAAUGGACUAUAACAUGUUGAAUGAAGUCGGUGUUUCCGUGGAAAAGCCUUCCGUCGUGAAGGUCGAUUCUCCUCCCACCUCCAACAAGGGGGAACGUUCUGAUUAUGACGACAUUGCCAAUGUUGUUGAGCACAAAUGAAAUAAGGGCAAACAUAGAAACUUGUGAAUCAUGGUUAGAACGUAUUUUUCGAAAUGCUUUUCAUAUUAUAAUAUCUAUUGAUAGACAGGUACAUUGCUUUGAAUGCACCUAUAUUAAUUCAUUUACUCAUUCAUUUAUUCAUCCAUUCAUUCAUUUACUGGGUAUUUAUUCAUUCAUUCAUUCGUUUAUGUAUCGUUUUAUUUAUUAAUUGAUUUUAGUAUUAUUCUGCCAACUCCUUCCCAUUUAGUGCUUUGCUCUAUAAACUUUUUAAACUCAAUAAAACAUGUAAAUGAAUAAAUUCGUAUAAUAUAGUUAUGCCAUAAAUUUUCAUCAAUAAUUUAAAGCUAUACACGCUAUAAUUUGCGUCAAUUUUGAAUGACAGUGAAAACGCAUGUGUUUGUCUAGUUAUAAAAGUUAUCCUUAAUCUGUAAAUUACAAUGGUGAAUUCCAUCUCGUUACAAAGAUAUAGAUUUUUAAUUGUUUAUUUUUCUGCUAGGAAAAUAUACCUUUUCAUGAAUAUUGAUGAAGGAAGAGCGAAACCGACCUCAUUACGCAUGUCCGCGGAGAACUAGGUGGUCGUUAUUUUUUGCCUAAUUAAAUAUCCAACUUGAUUUUUAAUAUGCUUAACAGUUGUUAGUUUGAAAUACAUACAUGUAUAAUGAAUAAAAUACGUUUGUCAUUCACGAUAUUAACACUUAUAGGAUCUAUAAAUAGCACAUAGGGGAAAAACACAGGUGUACGUCAUUUUUUUAAAGGAAGUAUUCAUAUCUACUCACAGGCUUGUAUUUUUUUCUUUUUUUUGUACUCGUAUAUCGGAGAAAUGUAUGCUUUACUGAAAAUACCCUUUCCUUUGUGAAACUAUCACAAUUAUGAAGAUGUUGACUCUUCACCAGUUGUGGUAUGAUAGACUAAAUUUAGCUGUCGAUAUCACGUGAUAGAUUGAUAUUCACGAGGAGGCAUUACUUUCCUGGCAGGAAAAUAAAUAUUUUUUAUUGUUUAAUAUUUGAUAUAUUUGUUACGUGAUCGAAUUGAGCAUUAUAAUUAACAGCAUAAAGGUAACUUUUAUUCGUAAUCAAACACAUACAGUUUCCCCUUUAUUCAAAAUUGACGCAAACUAUAGCGUGUAUAGCUUUAAAAAGAAACCGUUCUACAUGUAACAAUACUUACAAAUAAAACAAAAUCAAUGUUUAACCAAACUGAAGAAUAAUGAGUUGGCGAAAAUGAACGCAUCUGAAAUCAACGUUUCAAUCAAUCAAGCUGAAACUUAUCCCCUUGCGCAAUUUGUUGCGUAGGGAAUAUAUUAUAACCUUCCUAAUUAACUAUGUAGGUUUGUCUGUGUGUUACUGUUUUGUAAGCAAGAUAGUUCAAAGGAAAAAAAAACUUAGCACGUACAUUCUUACAAUGAUAAAUUUGUGCAUACAUAUAAUAAAUAAAACUCCAUCCAUUUUCAAGAGUUAUCGAUGAAUUAAUUCUUGAGAAAGCCUAUAUACAUGUCGCAGUAAAAGUUCAUACAAAGUUUUAUAUAAUUGUAUGAGUUUACAAUUAAACACCAUAAAUAAGGAGACUUGAUGUUGCUAAAGAAAAACAUAAAUUUUUUAGACAGCCUUUUUUCUGGUUUUCCACUGUUUUCUUUUUCCUUUAUGGGAGGAACGAUAAUAAUAAUUCUCCGAAUUAGAUUGCUGAACGUAUCUUUGUUGAUUCUUUGUUGAUUUGGUUUUUUUUUUUUUUUUCGUUGUUGAAAUUAUCAUUCAUGAUAAUUAUUUGAUUUUUUGUUAGAGAGAGAGAGAGAGAGAGAGAGAGAGAGAGAGAGAGGAAAUAAAGAAAUUACACACUCGUAAAUGUAAGUAGUUUGAUCAGGAAAUGAAUCAUUUAAUUAUUCAUGUUUAGUAUUUGUAUAUCUCUAAUGAUUUUUAGUGAGCCGUUCCUGUAUUAAGGGAAACAGGGAAGAGUUUUAUGCAAAAAUAGAGAAACAUAAAUUUGAGCAAAUCAAUUUUGUUAUUCAUUUUUAAAGGAAUAAGGAAUGAUUCCUUGGGUAUUGUGAGGUGAUAAUUUGGGUUGAGCGUGAUUAAAUCAAAUAAUAUCCGAAGGGCUUUAUAAUAGAUUUGAUCACGCCCGACCGAAAUUAUUACCUCAUAAUUAAACACAUGCAAAAACACUGAAAAAUGUAAAUAUAUACAAUUAUUAACUCGAUACAUAUAUUUCCAUUCCAGAAUAAAUGACUCUUGAAUCUCAUCAGUAAAAUUCUAUUGCGAUUCUUUAGAUCUCCGUCUCAAGGGAGGACAGAGGUUGUCUACGCAAAUGAGAUUUCCCUACAUCGUGUACAUUUCUGUCAAUAUUUAAGUACAUCUGCAUUUAUGAACAUGUUUAUACAUGUAUAAACUUUUUUGAAAUAAAAGUUUCACAGUCGUUGUCCGAGCAGAGUUAUGGACGCUUU